AUGACUGUCCCUACUUCGGCCCUACGGCCGCUCUCACGAAGAAGCUUCCUUACCCCAUGCCUACUGGCUUCGAACGCAUUGCGCGCCACUACCCCCCGCUUCCAGAAGAAUGUCACAGCCUCUCGAUCUCCCGCUCUCUCAACUCCCUCCUCGCCGCUUCGCUCCCAGAUCCGAUACAGCUCCUAUAACUCUCCUGAUCCCGCGCCGAAUACUCCCAAUGCCCGAAAGAAGGUCACCAUGCAGACAUUGAAAACCCUUUAUAAGAAGGGUGAGCCGAUUACCAUGUUGACGGCGCAUGAUUUCCCCAGUGCUCACGUGGCUGAUGUCGCGGGGAUGGAUGUCGUAUUGGUCGGUGAUAGUCUGGGCAUGGUUGCGCUAGGAUUGGAUAACACGACGGAGGUGAAUAUGGAUGAUAUGAUCUUGCAUUGUAGGAGUGUGGUCCGUGGGGCGAAGAGCGCGUUCAUUGUGGGUGAUCUGCCAAUGGGGUCUUAUGAGAUCUCCCCCGAACAAGCGGUGGAGUCUUCUCUUCGUCUCGUGAAGGAAGGUCGGGUGCAGGGAGUCAAAAUUGAAGGUGGCGAGGAAUUGGGUCCGACGAUCAAGCGGAUAACACAGGCUGGGAUCCCGGUCGUCGGACACGUGGGGCUCACUCCUCAACGUCAGAAUGCCCUCGGUGGCUUCCGGGUCCAGGGAAAGACGUGCACGAGUGCGAUGCAGCUCCUGAAAGACGCGCUGGUCAUGCAAGAGGCUGGAGUAUUCAUGUUUGUCCUCGAAGCGAUGCCUCCAGAGGUAGCCGCUCUUAUCACGCAAAGGCUCAAGGUCCCGACGAUCGGGAUUGGCGCUGGCAACGGCUGCUCCGGCCAGGUGCUGGUUCAGAUUGAUAUGACUGGCAACUUCCAGCCGGGUCGAUUUGUUCCGAAAUUCACGUUUGGGGGGGAGGCCGCCCGUGGCAUCGCACAGUAUCGCGACGAAGUCAAGAGUCGCGCAUUCCCGUCACAGGAAUACACGUAUCCCAUAACAAAGGAGGAACUGCAAAAGUUCGAGAAGACGGUGGACGAAAUUUAUGGCAAAUAA